CCGGACAGGCGAGAGAGGGCUGGGUCCGGGGGAUCAGCCAAGGACCCACAAAGGGGGAGGGUCAGCACUGGGCCCAGAGGGAGGCGACAGGUCGGCACUAGCCCUCAGCUUCCCAUCCCCUCCUCAUCCCUUCUCCGCCGGAUUCCCCCCUCUCAGGAUGGAGCGGGCCUCAGGGGAGAGAGGGAGGGAGCGGCGGGCACUGGCUGCACCCUGGGAACUUCGACUGGGCCUGCUGCUGAAUGUGUUGGCCACCGCCCUGGCCGAGUCCCUGAGCCCGGAUAUGCCAGGCUGUUCGCGGGGAAGCUGCUACCCAGCCACUGGGGACCUGCUAGUGGGCCGAGCUGACAGACUGACCGCCUCAUCCACCUGUGGCUUGCAGGGCCCUGAGCCCUACUGCAUCGUCAGCCACCUGCAGGAUGAGAAGAAAUGUUUCCUGUGUGACUCCCGGCGCCCCUUUUCUGCACCAGACAACCCAGACAGCCAUCGCAUCCAAAAUGUCAUCACCAGCUUUGCCCCACAGCGGCGGACAGCCUGGUGGCAGUCAGAAAAUGGUGUCCCCGCGGUCACCAUCCAGCUGGACUUGGAGGCCGAGUUCCAUUUCACGCACCUCAUUAUGACCUUCAAGACCUUUCGCCCUGCUGCCUUGCUGGUGGAGCGCUCAGCCGACUUUGGCCGCACUUGGCAUGUCUACCGAUAUUUCUCCUAUGACUGCGGGGCUGACUUCCCAGGAGUGCCACUGGCCCCGCCACGGCACUGGGAUGACAUAGUCUGUGAGUCUCGCUACUCAGAGAUUGAACCGUCCACUGAAGGCGAGGUCAUCUACCGGGUGCUGGACCCUGCCAUCCCUAUCUCAGACCCCUACAGCCCACAGAUCCAAAACCUGCUGAAGAUCACCAACCUACGGGUGAACCUGACACGGCUGCACACGCUGGGGGACAACCUGCUCGACCCGCGUAGGGAGAUCCGAGAGAAGUACUACUACGCCCUGUAUGAACUGGUAGUUCGAGGCAACUGCUUCUGCUACGGACACGCCUCCCAGUGUGCACCCGCCCCCGGGGCACCAUCUCAUACUGAGGGCAUGGUUCAUGGGGCCUGUGUCUGCAAACACAACACUGAGGGCCUCAACUGCGAGAAGUGCCAGGAUUUCUAUCAUGACCUGCCCUGGCGUCCAGCCGAGGAUGGCAACAGUCAUGCCUGCAAGAAGUGCGAGUGCCAUGGGCACGCCGACAGCUGCCAUUUUGACAUGGCCAUGUACCUGGCAUCUGGCAACGUGAGUGGAGGCGUGUGUGAUGCAUGUCAGCACAACACAGUGGGGCCCCACUGUGAGCUCUGCCGGCCCUUCUUCUACCGAGACCCAGCCAAGGACCUGCGUGACCCUGCUGUUUGCCGCUCCUGUGAUUGUGACCCUGUGGGCUCCCAGGACGGUGGCCGCUGUGAUCCCCAUGAUGAUCCUACACUGGGACUGGUCUCAGGCCAGUGUCGCUGCAAGGAGCACGUGGUGGGCUCUCGCUGCCAGCAAUGUCGUGAUGGCUUCUUUGGGCUCAGUGCCAGUAACCCAAGGGGUUGCCAGCAGUGCCAAUGUGAUGCGAGGGGUACAGUGCCUGGGCGUACCCCUUGUGACCCCAACAGUGGAACCUGUUUCUGCAAACGUCUAGUGACCGGACGUGGCUGUAAUCGCUGCCUGCCCGGCCACUGGGGCCUGAGCCACGACAUGCUGGGCUGUCGUCCAUGUGACUGUGAUGUAGGUGGCGCCUUGGAUCCCCAGUGCAACGAGGCCACGGGUCAGUGUCGCUGCCGCCCACACAUGGUGGGGCGACGCUGUGAGCAGGUGCAGCCAGGCUACUUCAGGCCCUUCCUGGACCACCUGACUUUGGAGGCUGAGGACACCCGAGGGCAGGUAGUUGACGUGGUGGAGCGCCUGGUGACUCCUGGAGUGACUCCAUCCUGGACGGGCCGGGGCUUGGUGAGGCUGCGAGAAGGGCAAGUACUGGAGUUCCAGGUGACAUCAGUGCCAAAAGCCAUGGACUAUGAUCUGCUGCUUCGCUUGGAGCCCCAGGUUCCUGAGCAGUGGGCAGAGAUAGAAGUGACCGUGCAGCGCCCAGGGCCGGUGUCUCCCCACAGCCCCUGUGGGCAUGUGCUCCCCAAGGAUGACCACAUUUCAGGGACUCUGCAACCAGAUGCCAGGUACUCAGUACUUCCCAGACCUGUUUGCCUUGAACCUGGCAUCUCCUACAAAGUACAUCUGAAGCUGUUACGGACAGGAGGAAGUGCCCAGCCUGAGGCCCCCUACUCUGGACCCAGCCUGCUCAUAGACUCACUGGUGCUGCUGCCCCGGGUCCUGGUGCUGGAGAUGUUCAGUGCAGGUGAUGCUACUGCGCUGGAGCGCCGCACUACCUUUGAACGCUACCGCUGCCACGAGGAGGGUCUGACGCUGAGCAAGACCCCUCCCUCUGAGGCCUGCGCCCCGCUCCUCAUCAGCCUUUCUGCCCUGCUCUACAAUGGUGCCCUGCCCUGUCAGUGUGACCCCCAGGGCUCACUGAGCUCCGAGUGCAAUCCCCAUGGUGGUCAGUGCCAGUGCAAGCCUGCAGUGGUCGGGCGUCGCUGUGACCUCUGUGCCUCUGGCUACUACGGUUUUGGCCCUGCGGGCUGUCAAGCCUGCCAGUGCAGCCCUGAGGGGGCGCUCAGCGGCCUAUGUGAAGGGACCAGCGGGCAGUGUCCCUGCCGAACCGGUGCCUUUGGGCUUCGCUGUGACCGCUGCCAGCGUGGUCAGUGGGGCUUCCCCAGCUGCCGGCCCUGUGUCUGCAACGGGCAUGCGGACGAGUGUGACCCCCACACAGGCGCCUGCCUGGGCUGUCGGGAUCACACAGGGGGUGAGCGCUGUGAAAGGUGCAUCGCUGGUUUCCAUGGGGACCCAAGGCUGCCAUAUGGGGGCCAGUGCCGGCCUUGUCCCUGUCCUGAAGGCCCUGGGAGCCAGCGACACUUUGCCACUUCUUGUCACCGUGAUGGGUACUCCCAGCAAAUGGUGUGCCACUGCAAGCCAGGCUACACAGGACUACGGUGCGAGUCUUGCGCCCCUGGGUACUUUGGGGAUCCAUCAAGGCCAGGCGGCCAGUGCCAACCUUGUGAAUGCAGUGGGAACAUUGACCCCACGGACCCUGGUGCCUGUGACUCUCACACGGGACAGUGCCUGCGCUGCUUACAUAAUACAGAGGGGCCACACUGUGCCCACUGCAAGCCUGGCUUCCAUGGGCAGGCAGCCCGAAAGAGUUGUCACCGAUGUACCUGCAACCAGCUUGGCACAGAUCCCCAGCAUUGCCCAUCUGCUGACCGAUGCUACUGUCACCCAAGUACAGGGCAGUGCCCAUGCCUUCCUAAUGUCCAGGGCCUUAGCUGUGACCGCUGUGCACCCAACUUCUGGAACCUUACCAGUGGCCAUGGCUGCCAGCCCUGUGCCUGCCACCCAAGCCGAGCCAGAGGCCCUACCUGCAAUGAGUUCACCGGGCAGUGCCACUGCCAUGAUGGCUUUGGUGGACGAACCUGUUCUGAGUGCCAAGAGCUCCACUGGGGGGACCCUGGAUUGCAGUGCCGUGCCUGUGAUUGUGACCACCGUGGAAUAGACACACCUCAGUGUCACCGUGUCACAGGCCACUGUAGCUGCCGCCCAGGCGUGUCUGGUGUGCGCUGUGACCAGUGUGCCCGUGGCUUCUCGGGAGUCUUUCCUGCCUGCUACCCCUGCCAUGCAUGCUUUGGGGACUGGGACCGCGUGGUACAGGACUUAGCUGCUCGGACACGGCGCCUGGAGCAACAGGCAAAGGAGCUACAGCAGACGGGUGUGCUGGGGGCUUUUGAGAGUCGCUUCUGGAAACUGAAGGAGAAGUUGGGCAUUGUGCAGGGGAUUGUGAGUGCCCGUAACACCUCAGCGGCUUCCACGGCACUGCUGGUGAAGGCAACGGAGGACCUGAGGCGUGAAAUUGGUGAGGCCACUGAGCAGCUGACCCAGCUGGAGGCAGCACUGACGGAUGUGCAAGACCAGAACUUCAAUGCCAACCAUGCACUCAGUAGUCUGGAACGAGACGGGCUCUCGCUUAAUCUCACACUGCGCCAGCUUGACCAGCACCUGGACCUGCUCAAGCAUUCAAAUUUCCUUGGUGCCUUUGACAGCAUCCGCCAGGCCCACAGCCUGUCUGCUGAAGCUGAACGUCGUGCCAACAUGUCAGCCCUCACCGUGCCCAGCCCUGUGAGCAACUCAGCAGGCACCCGGCGCCAGACAGAGGCGUUGAUGAGUGCCCAGAGGGAGGCCUUCAAUCGUAAGCACCUGGCCAAUCAGCGAGCACUGGACGAGCUCUCUGCCCGUACCCACACCCUGAGCCUGACGGGCAUAAAUGAACUGGUUUGUGGGUCCCCUGGAGAUGCUCCCUGUGCAACCAGCCCUUGCGGGGGUGCUGGCUGUCGUGACGAAGAUGGGCAGCCCCGCUGUGGGGGCCUCGGCUGCAGCGGGGCGGCAGCCAUGGCAGACCUAGCACUGGGUCGAGCCCGGCAUACACAGGCAGAGCUGGAGCGGGCAUUGGCAGGAGGUGGCACCAUCCUCAGUCAGGUGGCUGAGACCCGUCGGCUGGCAGGCGAGGCACAGCAGCGGGCCCAGGCGGCUUUGGACAAGGCUAAUGCUUCCAAGGGACAGGUGGAGCAGGCCAACCAGGAAUUGCGGGAACUUAUCCAGAGUGUGAAGGACUUCCUUAGCCAGGAGGGGGCUGAUCCUGAUAGCAUUGAGAUGGUAGCCACCCGGGUGCUAGAGCUCUCCAUCCCAGCAUCACCUGAGCAGAUCCAGCUCCUGGCAGGCGAGAUUGCAGAGCGGGUCCGGAGCCUGGCAGAUGUGGACGCGAUCCUGGAACGUACUACGGGAGAUGUGCAUCGAGCUGAGAAGUUACUGCAGGAUGCACAGCGGGCAAGGAGCCGGGCUGAGGAUGAGAAACAGAAGGCAGAAACAGUACAAGCCUCACUGGAGGAGGCCCAGAGGGCUCAGGACAUUGCUCAGGGAGCCAUCCGAGGGGCAAUGGUUGACACACAAGAUACAGAGCAGACUCUGCAGCAGGUCGAGCAGAGGAUGGCUGGUGCUGAGCAGGCCCUGAGUUCUGCAGGUGAGCGAGCGCAGCAAUUGGACAGUCUCCUGGAGAUCCUGAAAUUGAAACGUGCAGGGAAUAGCCUGGCAGCCACUAGUGCUGAAGAAACAGCACACAAUGCCCAGGGGCGUGCCCGAGAAGCUGAGCAGCUGCUGCAGGGUCAACUUAGUGACCAGUACCAGACAGUGAAGGCCCUCGCUGAGCGCAAGGCCCAGGGUGUGCUCUCUGCCCAAGAGCGGGCAGAGCAAUUGCGGAAUGAGGCUCGGAGCCUGUUGCAGGCUGCCCAGGACAAGCUGCAGCGGCUGCAAGAGCUGGAAGGUACCUACGAGGAGAAUGAGAGGGCUCUGGAGGGUAAAGCGGCCCAGCUGGAUGGGCUGGAGGCCAGGAUGCGCAGCGUGCUUCAAGACAUCAAUUUGCAGGUCCAGAUCUACAACACCUGCCAGUGACCCCUUCCUGAAGCCUUCCCCGCGUCCCCAGGGCCCAGCCCCAGCCCGCAUGCAUUACUGCCUAUGCGUGGAAGUGUUUUCCCGGCCAGGGCCAUAAUAAAGCCGCGUGAAUCCCUA